CACUUCCAAGAUGGACCUACAAGAAGCGCAAAGUACGGUCGUACGAUUCUUUCAGGAUGCGAACGCGCAAUUCCACAAGAUGCCGGGCUCGGCCAUCAUUCUCCGCUACAUUAAGAGCAGCUACCAAAACGACCCUGUUCGCAGUGCCAUAGAGCUUUUCCUGUUCUUGUUCGCCGUGAGGUACCUGCUCGCACCUACCUAUAGUACAGACAAAAAGACACAGGUCCGAUUGACCGAGGAGGAGAUUGAUGAGCUUGUUGAGGACUGGACUCCUGAGCCACUUGUCGCGCCCCCAACGCCAUGGGAACAGAUGGAGAAUGAGAAGAGGCCGGUUCUUGUUGGACCUACCGGACCGAAAUCAAAGCUCUCCAAUGGCCGCACCGUAACGAAUCUCGCAUCCUAUAACCUCUACAACUUCAUCGCGAACGAAACUCUCAAGGAGAAGGCAAUCCAGACACUCCGAGCAUAUGGUGUGGGGCCCUGCGGACCUCCUGGUUUCUACGGAACGCAAGAUGUACAUAUGAAGACGGAGGCGGAUGUCGCGGCUCAUCUCGGCACUGCUGCGUGUAUCAUUUACGCCCAAUCGUUCUCGACAAUUAGUAGUGUUAUUCCUUCCUUCUCUAAGCGUGGAGAUAUUAUCGUUGCGGACAAGGCCGUCAAUUUUGCGGUGAGGAAGGGCAUCCAGAUUUCCAGAAGCACAGUCCGAUGGUACGAGCACAAUGACAUGGAGGACUUGGAGAGGGUGCUCCAAAAGGUCACAAAAGAGAUGGCUAAGAAACCGCUGACGAGGAGAUUCAUCAUCACUGAGGGACUUUUCGAGAAUGUGGGAGAUGUUGCAGAUUUGCCCAAGCUUGUUGCACUCAAGCUUCGAUACAAGUUCCGCCUCAUCCUCGACGAGACAUGGUCGUAUGGCGUUUUGGGAAGGACGGGUCGCGGCUUGACUGAGGCCCAAAACGUGGAUGCCACCGAAGUCGACAUGAUCAUUGGAUCUCUCUCUGGUGCUCUUUGUGCAGCAGGAGGAUUCUGUGCCGGUACUGAGGAAGUCGUGGAGCAUCAGCGUAUCUCUUCUGCCGCCUACACUUAUUCUGCUGCCCUUCCUGCCCUUCUCGCCACCACCGCAAGCGAAACUAUCAAUAUGCUCCAGGAACAGCCGGAGAUCUUGACCACGUCGCGGGAGAAUGUCAAAGCCAUGCGGGCUCAAUUGGAUCCUCGCAGCGAUUGGGUGCUCUGCACUAGCGCCGUGGAGAACCCGGUGAUGAUACUAGUUCUCAAGCCGGAAGUCGUGGCUUCGAAGAACCUUUCCAUCCAAGACCAAAACCAGCUCUUCCAAGACGUUGUCGAUGAGUGCAUCGCCAACAACGUUCUCAUCACAAGAUUGAAGGUGCCCCCUCCAAGCCUCAGCCCACAGGGCAGGGAGCAGGAAUGGCAGCCCACUCCUGCACUCAAGGUCUGCGUGACGACUGGCUUGACGAAGAAGGAGACCGAGAAGGCCGGCAUAGUCAUUAGGCACGCCAUCACCAAGAUUAUUACCAAGCGGAAGUGAUGGAACAAACAAUGCUGCCUUUUGGUUUCCAUUAUUUACUCAUCAUCACCUUCUCUGUAUUCUUAUUUCUACACACUAGAUUAUUGCAUGGUCGGCGUCCGGGUACCGAGCUGGUGUUGAGUUUGUACACGGCACCCCGUCCAGAGGUACAUGCUCUCUACGCAUGAUGUAAUGCUCAAAACAAAUUAAUGUUAAUAGUGAGGGGAGGAAAGGGGGGUGAAAGUGCACGAUGCAGAAUACUGCUAAGCUUUUUCAGCUGAAGCAAUUGGGCUGGUUUGAGCCAUGGGGCGCAGCCCAGUCCUCUAGAGACCAGCCCUGUGGCUUUUUCCUGUGGUGAAGAAAAUAGAUUUUUGGCGUUGCGACCAUUUUAGAGCUCCAUAUGCACAUUGCACGAUUCGUAUCCAUCCACCAUUAAUUGUUUGGCG